AUGUUUUCUGCCUUUCAUAUUCACAUAGGAGGAGCUGGCGUAAUGAUUGGUGAUAUGUUGUGGAAACUGUAUGAAGCAGAGCACAAUGAAACAACUCAGAAGAAUUAGAUUUAUUAAUAAGUUGAUGGGAAUUAUCAUCCAUAUGCACUUUUCGCUGAUUUAGAUGACAGAAUGAUUCAUGAAGUUUAAAGGAAUACAUAAGUACAAUUUAAGAAGAACUCUUUUUAUCAGCAAAAAAUGAAGAAGGUGGAUUAACUUAUGUUCGAGCUAAAUAUGGUCCUGGAAAAUUGA